AUGUCUUCAUACUACCACUACAACGCUCAGCAACACCACACCUCGGCGACGGCGCAACCCGUCGGUCACAGUCACCAUGGCGGCCGCAACCGCAGGGCGCCCAGGUUAUCCGUCUCGCAAAACUCGCACAAGCAGUUUCGGGGUGUGCGUAGCAUGAAGGAACUGACAGAGACUGCGUCUCUGACCAACUUCCGCAUGAAGUUCGAGGCUGGCCGCUCCUUCGACCUCGAGGACGACAUGGAGUUCUGCCCUGGACUGCUGACCGAGAGCGAUCUCGUCUCCAUCCACAGCGCCUCUUCGGAACGUUCAUCCCUAGCCAGCAACUCGCCGGAACACUCUCCCUCCCAACCGGUGCAGGUUGCUCCGGCCUUCUCUCUCAACUCGACCUCUCCCGCCUUCCAGCCUGCCUACCAGGCUCAGCAGUCGACCUUGAAGCUUCACCAGCCCUCUGCCACCCGCGCCCGCAACGCCAUCCCCAUCAUCAACCCCGUCACCGGCAUCACCAUGUCGAGCCCUCCUCCGCCUUCGCCCGUCUCGAGACUUCAGCCUGGCUUCGGUCGUCGCUGGUAA